AUGACCUACAUAACCGAGAAAAUGUUCAUCUGGGACAACUUCCCAGUGAAUGACAGCAAGCAUGACUGCCUCUUUCUCAACCCCCUCACCGGCCGUGCUGCUGUUCUGUACAAGUACCUCCUGGGCUUCACCUUCAACAUGAUGAUUGAGCCCUAUCCCUCGCUACCCACUCUCACCAACUAUGCCAACUACAUGUGGAAUGAACCCGCCUACAACGCCGAUGAAUCAAUGGCCGCAAUUCUGCAGGAACUCUCUGGUGACAACAAACAAGUCCAUGAGGCCCUUGUUGCCUUCUCCGAUCUCAACCAGAACUGGCCCUACUGUACUCCAGAGGUGCACUUGCCCAUGCUCGACAAGGACAUCGGGGCCUUCUGGGCCGGCUGGUCCAACUGUGGCAAGAGCAAUGAUGGCUCCAAGCCGCUCUGCAAGUGCCUGCAGCUCCUCUCCAAGCUGCUCAAGAUCAUGCCACGCAUGGUCAUGAAAGAGUUUGCGACAGACAUGGAACCUUGGAUGAUGGUUGCGAGCCAGUGGGUCAAGGCCUGUGAGCACCUGAUUGACAUGGUCGACGCGCAUGAUAAGGGCGAGGAGAAGAGGGCGGAGUGGGAGUUCAAGGUGGUGCAGGAGUGGAUUGAGAAGAUGAAGUAG